GUGAUCGGUGCACCCCUUCUGUAUGGAAAACUUAUUUUUAUCUGUGGGCCACCUAGGUAGUCAAAAGUGGCUACCUGAUAAAAUAUAGGCAUUUUUUAUUGUAUUUUAGAGGUCCAUCUACCUACCUGCUUCCUAAUUGGCCCUACAUAUUGAGUAGGAACACUCCCUGACCCACCGGCAGGCCACGCACUUGUCCCAGCACUAGUCCCGCGAGAGAGAGGGGGGACCGUGGGUGGUUAGAUGGAUGGUUGACCCUGCUGCUGCCUCCCCUCCCCACCAGCCUCAGCUGUCAGCUCCUUUCCUGACUUCCCCACCCUGCCCCCGGUACCAUGGCGUCCAGCGAGGAGGACGGCACGGUUGAGGAGAAGGAAAACAACAACAAGAAGAGGACGAAAAGCUCCCUCGCUACCGCAUGGCUCACUUUCUACAACAUCGCCAUGACCGCCGGGUACGUACGUAAUUCCUAUUAAUACUAAAGCCUGGAAGUUCGCCGCUCCCUAAAACACUGGAACCGUGUGUUGCUGUUUAUAGGACUGUGUCUGUGUGUCAAGUCGAAAGUGCCUGUUCAGCUCGCUUUAUUUAGCGGCUCACCGGAGUUGGCUGAAAACUCGAGUGAAGGAUAAAACUAUGGAAACCCACACAGAAAUGACAAGCGGUUUUCAUGCGAGUGACAGAAAAUGAAUGAAUGGCGUUGGGUGACAGUGACAGGCUGGCGCUGCAGCCGUGUCCAAAUAGGGCUGACUGCAUGGUGUCAGCGUCAAGGCCCACACUGCUACAGACAGUUGCAGUGAUAAGUAUAGCCGAAGUGCACUGACACUGGAGCUCAGGACACUGAAAUGCUCAAUGGGCAGAUUUUUCAACAACAACAUAACAUUUGUGAAGCGAAAACCGUCUCCAUCAGACGACUUUGUUUAUUUGCUCAUCUGACCAAAAACUAUGGGAAUCACAUACCUGUUGUUACAAAUCACUUCUGCAUUGGUGGGAGAAGAAGAAGCUUACUACACAUACAGAGUUUCACGGUUGUAAAAGUAACAGAACCACAGUGAAGAAGUACUCUGGCACAAACGUUUUCUUAGGCUAUGAGAUUAAAUCUGAAUCUGCAAAGGAAUUUAAACAAACUUUAUCAUAUCCAAACAUAAAUAUGAAUAUUGUGUGAAAUGCUUCCAUACAUCAAAUGGCGAACCUGGCAUUUUUCUGUAGAAUAAAAAAACAAAAAAGCUUGUAAAAACACUAAUGCAAUGGCAUGAACCGAAAUAUAGUUGGCUAAACAAUUGAUGUAUAAAUUAUUGUUUGGUCACAGAAAACCGUCUUACAGGAGUCAGAAGAAACAGCAUCACAUUCGAGGUAGCUACCACCACCACAAUAAACUAACCCUUUAAUGGUCAAUGAAAUGAAAAAUAGCUUACAUUUAGUACCUAUAUUUAUUCAAUUUUUGCAAGUUAAAUAUUAAUAAUAUUAUAGAUCAAAUAUAUUUACCCCAUAAUAUUAUCAAAACCUACUUGACUUCAUAUAGCCUGUGGGCUCAGAUGUCUUGUGCUUUGGGCUCAAAAGUGUGGCCUCCAGGGUUCAAGAAAUUAUCUUUACAUGUGAUGGAGGAAUGUACAGUGCAUGAAGGAAGUACGGCCUCAAUAGCCCUGCAGUAAGCAGUGUGCGUGUGAUUAAGGAGUGUACUUGCAUUAAAUCUGGUUGUUUUAGCCAAGAUUAUGCUACAAUAUAUUUUCCCCAACUACAUUUAAGUUCCCUGUUGAGGGCCAACCUCCAACAGGGAACCUUCCCAUUAAUUCCUGUUAAUUCCUAUAUAUUCCUGUCAAUUCCCAUGGAAAGUUUCCAACUUUAAAAAUUGAAAAUUUGACUUUAGAGUUUUUUGGUACCUUUAUAACAACAACAACAACAACGACAACAGAAACAUCCAGAGGGAGGGUGCUGGUUUACCUCAGGAGGUUUAGGAAACAGCCCAAGAACAGAGGCUACUGUCCUCACUGAAGUGACCAAAAGAUUGAAGCCCUGUUGCUUAUUGACAUUGACUAUCUCUUUUUCAUUUUUUUGUCAAAUUACGGUGAGAAAGCACUCCAAAAGUUUGGCAGAAGCUUAUAGAGAUGAAAGAAAAGUUCCAAUUUACCCCCCAAAAAAGACACCUCAAGAGUCAAGACUGUUCCCCUUUCUUAUAGGGGGCCAAAGUACAGUAUUUGCUACAGAUAACAGAUAAAACAUACAAAAAGUACUGUAUAUGUACUGAAUGUACUGUAGUAAACAACUGCUCUGUUGAUUUCAACAAACUAAGCUUGCAAGGAUCACAAAAACUUAACACUACUGAUCAGCAUCAAUCAGUGAGAUUUUUUUUUUUUUAUAAAACUCCUUUUAAAGUGACGUGCUGCAAUGUUGUGAUUGUCCACUGAUCCAACAUGCUGUGGAAUAAUAUAUAGAGUUUUUGCGAGGAUGCUGUCUUUAUUUGUGUGCAAGUUUUUUCCUCAACUCUCUGCACAAGUAACUUUCCAUUUUUGUGCGAUUUGUCAUAUAACAAUUCUCAGAUACAGUUUUAUUUUUCCAAGUUUUGGUUUUUACAGACGUUAACACAUUAUCUUUGUGCUGUGUAUGCUUCAAUUUAUUGGUUUGAUUGAAUUGAACACCAGUUUUUGUUUUACUAUUUUGUAAUGAUUUAAAGUCAAAACAAUCAAUGGAUGAAAGUAAUAAGCAGAUCAAUGAUAUUACUGUCAGUAUAAAUCAGUUGCAGCCUGAUAUUCAAUCCAUCCACUUACCCACUAAGUUGUUAAUACCAUUGAUCCCACCAGCAGCUCAGUGAGAUCAUCUGUUGUUAAUGUGUGCGCUCCUGUACUGUUUCAGAUCUGAGUGUUGCUGCGUCACAUUCACAGAUUUACUGGCAAAGAUGUGCGACAUAAAAGUUUCAUUAAAGAAUUCAUAGGUUUUGUGCCAUGACUGCACUUUGUAUUCGGAGUGUAAGUCAAAUAAUAUUUGUGUACAUUCAUCCACAACAGCUAAGGAGAAGUGAGAGACCGAUAAAAGUGGAGAUUUCUUAACAUUUUUCAUAUCUAUUCAAAAACUUAUAAUUGUUUGCAGAUACGUUAUUUUAAAAUAUAUAUUGGUUAGAAAAUAUCAUUCAAACCGUCAAAUCACUUCAGUGUGACAUAACCUAAAGCUCCUGUGAGGAACUUUUUGUUUUGGUUAAUUUUGCUGCCCCCCUUGUGGACAAAGCAGUCUUUGCUUAUCUAAAAUAUGCAAACGUGGUGUCUUCUGAAGAACAUAUAUAAUGCUGACCUCUAACAGUCAAAUCCAUCAUUUAUUGUGAAUCUUGUGAAGCCGUGUCACUUUGGGUCCCCAAGAUGCUCUGAGGGUUAAGUAAGUGUGUGAGUUUUCAUGCGUAGCCAUUUUGCCAUUUUAGCUUUGUGUAAGUAGGUUUGUGAAUUUGUACCAGGCAUUCCUAGUCUUCAUACUGAAAACUGAUCUGAUAUUAGUGCUUACAUGGUUUAAUUGAUUAGUCUGUUUGUUAUGAUUUGUUUUUCAGUGCCACUGCACACUUACAAACAUUGUCUUUGCAGAUUGUAAGAGUAACAACAACAAGCGGUAAAAAAAACCUCCUAAUUGGUGGCCCCUUAUAUCCUUGGUCAGCCUGGCCCUUUUCUGUCCCAGAAUUGUGUCAGAAUGUGGACACAAAGUUAAAUCUUAAUAAAACUAAAACAAAUCAGCUUUAAUUUUAUUCCAUUGUUUGUUAAAUAUAUUGGGAUGAGUUGUUUGAGCCUGUAUCAAAGCAGUGUUGGUGAUUUCUUAAAGCUCCUAUGAGAAAGACAAAGCAGUCUUAGCUUAUCUUAGCCUUUACACUCUUAAGUUUAAAAAAAAUCUGAUACUAUUGACUUUUUACAGUCAAAUGUUGUGAAUAGUUUUGUAUGAAGUGUAAAAACAGUCAUUUCUACAGCUGCUUUGCUGACUCCUACCUCCUCACACUGGAUUCAGGCAUUAAAAAUUACAGUACAAUAGCAGUACAUCUUGUUGCUGCUUUUUCUUUGCUUUGUUAUAUAAUGAGAAGAUAUUUUUGUAAAAUUCAGUUAUUUCAUGAAUGUAAAAAAGUCUUCACAGGAGUUUCAAUCUUUCUUCUUCGUUAUUUAGAGAAGUAUAAAGUGGAUAUAAGAGAAAAUUGCCUGAAGAUGCCGUAGAAUUAAAUAAACAAGCAUUAACAAACUCUAGCAUGUUUUUCUGACCUACAUUGUAACAAAUUUACUGUUAUCAGAUUCUGUUACAAAUAUCACAUAUACCGUCAUUACAAAACAAUAUUGUAUAAAUAAUAGCGUUAUACUUUUACCAUGUCACUUUCAUUACACAAAGUUAAGAUUGUUAUGAUAAUUAAGAUAUUAAUCUAUGAUUACAUCAAAUUCUUAUCGCCAUAUUUUCAUAAAUGUAUUAAUUUCAUGUUAUUUCCUACAGGUGGCUGGUUUUGGCCAUAGCAAUGAUCCGCUUCUACAUCACGAAAGGCACACACAAGGGUCUGUACAGAAGUAUAGCAAGGACACUCAAGUUUUUCCAGACCUUUGCACUAGUGGAGGUAAGAACUUGAGUGGAAUCGAUUAAAUUUGUGCCUCAUCUAUUAAUAAGAAACUAACCUUUGUUAUGUCUCGUCUUACAGGUUGGACAUUGUGCCAUUGGUAUGUAAUGAUUUAUAUCCGUGGGUCAUGAUUUCGGGUAAAAUGCAGAUAAUUUUGCACCUUCGCAGCCUUGCACUGCUUUUCUAUUUUUCUUCUCUGCUGCAGGAAUCGUGAGGACUUCUGUGAUCGUAACCGGGGUUCAAGUGUGUUCACGGAUUUUCAUGGUUUGGUUCAUCACCAACAGCAUCAGACCGGUGACUAUCACAGCAACAAACUCAAUAUUUUCUUCUCGUAGACUCCAGUGUAAUUUAUUUGUGAAUAAAAAAAAUGCUUAAAUUUGUUUUUCUGGGACUCAAAAAGUGUUUAUUUUCGUUAUACUUUUAGGUGUUUUACCCUUAGAUUUGUGAACACUCCUGCCUUUAAGAGCAGCACUGUACAGAUUUGACGCCCUUGAUCUCUUCCCCUGUAUGUUGCUUUGUUUUCUGACCUAAAUGAAGAUCCAGAAUGAGGAGAGUGUAAUCCUAUUCCUGGUUGUAUGGACGAUGACAGAGAUUACCAGAUAUUCCUACUACACAUUCAACCUGCUCCACCACCUGCCGUUCUUCAUCAAAUGGGCCAGGUUGAGAUGCUUUACACUUGUCGGGGGGAUGAGCUUGAAUUGUCAUUACCGUGUCGGGCAUUGUGUCUGAGCAUGUUCAGUCUGACCUGCCGAUUUCACCUCUGGCAUGCUUCCCCCUCACAGACCGAGAGCGGCUUUACGUCAGGAAGCAGGGCCGCCGUGUGUGUAUUGAAUAUCGCCUGGCUUGCACAGAGAGGAGAAGCAUGUGUGUGUUUAUUGAUUAGCACUUCAUUAGCCUUUCUGUCAGUCAUAAUAUUAGAUUCUGAGGAAAUUCACGAUACAAAAUAGAAGGAUGAAGCAAAAAUAAGAACUUUAGACGAAGUUUGCUGUGAACAAUUUUUGUGUUUUUUCAAAUCUAAAACUUAAAAAAAAACUAAUAAUGAAAGUGAUUCUUAUUUUUGUCGGUUUUUUUUAUCACUGAUAAAUGAUGACACUCAUACCCCCCUGCCUCUGACUGUAUGGGGAGUUCUUGUGACGUGGCGCUCCAGCUCUGCAUGUCUCAGAGCUGAAAUAGGAGUCGUUUAGAGGAACGUCAGCUGUACACAUUGAUAGCUGUCCAACACACAGGGUUGGCAUCUGUCAGCCCUGCGAGCAGCUUUAUUGCUUGAGAACAGACAGGUUUACAUGUUACAUCAGCUCGUUUACAGAGGAGGGGGGGACUCUGCUCUGUGAGGGUCUCUUUGUAGCUGCACAAAGGCCCACCAGCUCAAAUUGUACUUUCUUCCUCUUCCAAGAGCUUCAUUUAGCUUCAUGCCGGUAACUCUUUUGUUUGAGUGUUAAUUGUUGUGUAUCAAAUACUUCUACUCCCCCCUUCCCCUCCCUUUACCCCUCACGUCUUCCUUCCAGCAUGGAGGAGACGCCGGCCCCCCAGGAGAGGGGCUCAUGUUCAGCUGCUCCCGUUUUUAAGACCAUCUGUUUUGGUCAUGGAAUGUUUUCUUUCACAUCCGCCGGGACGCUCCCCCGAGCCUUUGCCUCGGUCUCGACUAAAUACAGAAUCUCUGUAGCCCUGAGUCAUGGCAUGCAACGUACGAGGGAGACUGCGUGGUGUCACAGAAGGAGGAGGCAGACCAUCUCACACUUAUGUGGAGUGACAGGGAGCCGGAGUGGGGGGCCUGGAGGAGGAUGGUUUCGGAAUAACUUGUUGUCUUCAUCUCAAAUUUAGGGGCGAAAUUCUGAUGUGGCAUUCCCAGCCUCCCAGCGUACUCAGUUAUAAACAAAAGCCAGUUCUCGCCUCUGUCCAACUUGAUAGACUGUGGAUGCAUGUAAGAGCUGAGAUAUCAUUUUUAAUGUAGUGGCCAGCUGUGCUUUUCCUCAUCACUAGGCAACUUUUCUUUUUCAAGGUUUGGAAGCAGCUUUAAAAAUUUUGUUUCUGAAGAGACGCUGUGUUUAAAUGAAGAAAUUAGUGCCGGGUAGUAGAACGUCUGCUGAGUAGUUAAAAGUAUACAUUUUAGGCGGUUACCUUCUGAAGCCUCUAGUGGACACUGGUGGAACUGCAGUUGCAUUUCUUGAAGACAGGAUGCAGGAUGAGCUGGACUUGAUGACUGAAAUUGGAUCAGAGGAGAACAGGUUUAAAUUUUUCAUUACCAGAUAUUUCUACUUUCUUCAGUGUAACAAAAGCAGCUUCAAAUCUGACCAGUCAUAUCUCAGUAUGCGUACAUUGUUCAUCAAACUUACCCUUCAAAGAUUGCAAAUGAGUGUAGCCCGUGUGGCAUGGAAGUGUUUUAACAUCUGCAUGGGUGUUUUCGCCGCGGGUGUGUGUGGUUGUAUAUCUUGUCCACACAACUUGAGUGUUAAAUUCAACUCCUUCCUGUUUCCCCUCUCAGAUACAACCUCUUCAUCGUCUUGUACCCGCUGGGAGUUAUCGGAGAACUGCUGACCAUUUACGCUGCUCUGCCGUUUGUGCGCAGAUCUGGAAUGUACUCCAUGAGGCUUCCUAACAUCUAUAACGUGUCGUUCGACUACUACUACUGUCUCAUCAUCGUCAUGUUGUCCUACAUCCCAUGUAAGGAGGUUUUUUUUUUCCUAUUUCUACGUAGCACUUGUUAUAUCUGGGCAGAAUAUUAAGAGGAGGAUCACAGUAGAAGCAGACAAAUAAUCGGAAUAAAGGCUCGAUUGGAAUUAAAAUGCAUCAUGUAAACAUGUAAAUCGGAAGAUUCUGAUCCAAUUCGGCUCAAUUGGAAUGAAAUUGUAUUCCGAUCGAGAGGGAUGGUUUAUGCCGAUCAUUAUUCCGAAACACGUCCAUGUAAACACUUAUUCCGGUCAUGACUCUCUUACCUGACUCGGUCUUUACUCUUUAUUUAUUGAGGUUAGUACAGGAGGUUUUGUUAUUAACACUCUGGCAUAAAACACAACCGCAGGUGCUGUGUCUGCUCCUCGGAUAACAUAACGAGGCGUACAUACAGCGUAAUGAUGUCACAUCUGCACACGCAGUGCGACCUUUGACAGAACAGUAAAAUAGGUUAACAAGGGUGCCAUCUAGUGACAACAUUUAACGAGGGGUGUCACUACCCGAUCCGUCCCGGAAGCGAACUUUUUUUUUGUAGGAUGGUAGGGGAAGGUCCCGCCCUCCUUCGCCUCUGAUUGGCUAGAAGUGCUGGGCUCCGAUUUGUUAUUCCUUAUGGCUGUGAAACAUUGUCUGUUGGGUUAGGGUUAGGAGAUUUACAAGUGGUAUAAUGUUCUAUUUGAUGUACAGAGCCGACAGCCCGCGUUUGGCUUGAGCGUGUGGUGACGUUUCCAGCUUUUCUAGCCAAUCAGAGGCGAAGGAGGCGGGACCUUCUCCCACUAUUCUACGAAAAAAACUAUCGCCUCCAGGUCGGAUCAGGUAGUGACAGGGGGAAAACUCGUGAAUUGGAUAAAGUGAGCCACCACCUAGUUUUUUGACAGCACAGGUGUAAAUACAACUCUUUCUCUGCGGUUGUUUUCGCCAAAUCAGACAACUCUUAGCAUGUCAAAAUGCUUCUAAUCGGAAUAAAACUUGGUGCAUGUAUACAGACGUCAUGAUUGGAUUAAUUGAUUUUGCACCCAUAUAAUCAGUGGAUUCAGAUUAUCCGAUCCCUCAAAUUUUUAAUCGGAUCAAGAAAUUUUGCACAUGUAAACAUGGCUAUUGACUUUGCUGAUUGUAGAAAAGGAGGAUUGAGUUGGAAGUGUUUGGUGAAUGGAAAGUUAUCGAAUCUCUACAAACGGUCACCCAUGCUGAUUCAGCUAGCUAGCUUCCCUGUUGACAUUGUUAUCCCAGACAGUUUCUUUUUUCCCCCAGUGUUUCCGCAGCUCUACUUCCACAUGCUUCGGCAGAGGAGAAGGGUGCUUCACGGGGAAGUUAUCGUGGAGAAGGAUGACUAGAAAAGCCACCACCUCAUGCCUUUGUUUGAGCCAAACUGCAUCUACAUCACCCUAAACCCCCACCUCAUCUCCUCCUCCUCCUCGUCCUUAGCACCAUCAGCUGUUACAUUCUUUAUUGCACUGGACUGGAAAGCCAUGCAGACGUAAACCUGUCUGGCAGGAGCUGUAUCACCUGUAACAUGGAAGAAAGGAAUAUAUAUUAUUGCAGAGAGAGAAAAGAAAAAAAAGCAUUGUUAGGAUUGAUUCCUAUCUGGGCGGUAAUAAUGGAAACAAGUUUACAGUCCCAGUGUUGCUGGAGCUUGAGACAGAAGCUUGAUAUUUGGUCUCAGUUUAGAGAUCUUGAGUCGUUUUUCAACCACCAACCUUAACGCACCUUGUUGCACUGAGACACACACACCGUAAAACUUCACCCAGCUGUCUGAGGGAGAAAAAGUCAAAUGAGAGGCUUCCAGGGAAAAUGUGAAAUGUAAUGUCCAAAGAUUGUAAGUUUUGUCUCCUUAAGUUUCCCCACUAAUUGGCGUUGACAGUAUUUUUUCAGUGUUUUCCACCACAGUGAUUUUAAACAGACACAGUGUGACUGUCAAGAAAAACAAAACAAGGUCAAACGAGAAUUAUUCAUAGUUCUAUCAUACCUCAACAAUAAAUCUACAUUUAGACAAUAUGCUGCUUCUUUUGUGUAUGUUUGUUUUUACCUAAGGUGUAAAUGAUGCAAUGUGAAAUGAGCGGCUUUUAGGUACAUUUCUUAAAGAUAAUUUAUUCACAUAAUGUGUCCUUUGGAGCGAGCACGGCUCAAACUUACCACUUUGUCUGCUUCAUCUGCUUCCUUUGCAUUGCUUCGAUGUUUACUGUGUCAGAUUAAUUUACAAAAGUGCAUCUUGAUCAGAAUUGAGUCAAAAAUUAGUUUUUUCUAUAGGCAAUUCUGAUUUUUGUGAGCACCCAGUCUUCAGUCGCUGUUGUGUUUUUUCAUAUAAAGACUCUCGUGUCCGUGUUAAUAAAAAGGUUGUUAGUCCCCCCCCCUACUAAAGGUGCUAUUGUAAGAUCCUUUCAAUCUUCUGUGCAGCUGAAGUAGUUAACUGUGAUUGACCUCGAGUAGGAAAACAGGAUGUGAAAUGAUUGAGAGGAAAUGUCAAGUCAUUGAACUGCAUAUCCCAUGGCUAUCGAAGAAAAAUCAACUUUCUUGCUUAUGAUCUGCGUGAGAGAAGAAAAAGUCAAAGUUAAUGUCAAAUCACUGGAAAAGUCAUUUUUCAAGAGAAACAAAACAAAAUGUGAAAAUACUUUUUGUGCAAAGUCAAUAAAUUAAUUCUACAAUUCUU